AUGACCUCUGCAACAUCGCAGCCGACCGGUGCUCCCACGACGUUCAUCAUCUCUCCGGAGUUGAAUCUGUCUGAGUAUAAUCUCUCUAUCCCAGAAUACCUCGCCGUCCACCCGUCCGUUCACCGUGUUGGAGCAAGCGUCAUCGUGUUUCACGGGCCCCACCAAAAAACCAGAUGGGAGGUCCCCGGCGGCGCCACAGAGCACACGGAUGCUACACUGCUGCACGCGGGCGCCCGCGAGCUGUGGGAGGAGGCCGGGCUGCGCAUGGCGAGCGUGCGGCGGUGCGUAGACGCGACCCGGGGGUUCGUCGACGGCGGGAAGCGGUGGCGGUUGAUCACGUUCGAGGCGGAGGUGGACGGGGGAGACGGCGAGGCGCCGCCGCCCGUCACACUCGACCCGGAAGAGCAUGUAGCGUAUCUGUGGGCGACGGAAGAGGAGGUGCGCGCUCGCCGGUGUGGGGACGUCGAGCUGGAUUUUGCGUUCAAGGAGUUCGCGGAUAUGAUCAUGGGUGCCUUUGAGGAGAGGAAUCGGGGGAAGAAAGUAGACUCAUAA